GGAAGAAAUCAAGGAGCGCCUAGCCAAGCACAUGGCAGACCAGUGGGACAAGAUAACCCACUUUGCUGAGUGCAUCCCGGGUUUCACUGGCUUCAGCAAAGAGGAUCAAGACAUUCUGCUGCAAGUGGGGGGUCUGGAGGUUAUCCUUCUUCAGCUCGCUCAGAUGUACGAUCAUCGGACGCACCUAUUACAGAUGUGGGAGAAUGAAUGGCUGUCGUCAGAACAAGCUUGCAAACUCACGACUGAUUUCAACCUAGCCGUAUUCUUUGAGUUGUUGUUUGGGCUGGCUGAGAGUCUUCGGACCAUGCAUCUGAAGGAAGAUGACCUGGCACUCUUUUCAGCUCUCCUCCUUCUUGCCUCGGAUCACCAGGGCUUGAAGCACAAACGACAAGUGGAAGAAACCCAGGAGAAAGUUCUAAACUGCUUUGCUUACGUUCUGGCUCAGAAUCACGUUCAGGAGCCUGGACUCUUAGCCCAAGUGCUCAUGUGUAUGCCAACGCUACGCACAAUCAGCACCAGCUACCUAGAGCUUACAUCCGUGUCUACGCCAACACAACAGUGGAGCAACUGGCCUGUUGAGUUGUGACUAGACGGACAUAGCCGGGGCACGGAGCCGACCAUUUGUGGCCCGGUCGGCCUCCCUCGGUCAUCGGCCUCCCCAUCCCAUUCUACUCAAGCAACGUGUCCGGCAUUAGACUCUAAUGUGCCGUGUGAGAAUGCAAAGAUAGACUCACUGUGUGCGCCCGGUCGUCGCUCAGUACUUGUGGAAUUGGUUUGAACAACAAAACAUUACGCGUUUGGAUGGAAACAACGGUGGCGUAUUACCCCUCGACCCAACUGGAGAUGAGCAGAUCAUGGCAAACUGUGAUUAAAGGCAUUUACAAGUAAUCUAGAUGAUAUUGACGUCGUCACAGAUAAGCAAAAAGAAUACAGACACAAGUCAGCUUGCUGCUGAAUCUAUACAUUGUAUAUUUGCUUCCCUUAAAGUCUGUCGUUAAGCGCGAUAUGGUGAUCAGUUUCCAAGGGUCAGGUGUCUGCAAGUAUAGGGCAUGCGCAUGUAGCACGCCCUCUAUAGGCGGAGCCUGCUUAUCUCACCAGUCAACAGGUAAAUAUGUGAAUGGAAGACGAAGUCAUGGAGCAGAGCAUUGUUUAAUUUGUCAUCUCGCUUUUGUGUGUGUGUGUGUGUGGUGAAAUCGCAGACCAACAUUACAAGACUAAAGAAAGAGGCAAUUGAUGGGAUUGGAGGAAAGACCAUCACGGCUCUAACAAGAACAAAGCCGCGAUUAAUAAAACGCUGGACAUCACAACGGUUAUCUUCAAGAUGGAUUUCCGGGGCGGGGGAAGUCUGCAAAAAAAGUGGAAUUUUGAAAUGAAUUGAAAGGCAAUUGUCAUGGAAAACCAGAAGAAUUGUUACGUUGUUGAGUCACAAACAUGCAGCAAUAGAAAGAGAAUGGAUAUAUAUACGAAGAGGCUGCCAUUGUAUGCAAACGACUUCCCAGAGGUUUCCGUGAAUUCGUAGCUGUACUUGUUUGCACAAACCAUCCACAGAGCGCUUGUGUGUCAAAUACAAAAUAUUACAAAUGUGAAGAAAAAAAGGAGAAAAAAAAAAAAAAAAAAAAAGCUGCCAACUUUUAAAGAACUUUGUGAUCGCAUGCCACAUAUGCUGUUGUAUUUGAUACAUGCGUUAGAUAUGUUGCGUUGAGAAAAGCUAUCCCCCAAAUGUGUACAAAGGUUUAAAAAAUUAUAUAUAAAGAAUGUUUUUUCCUUCACUGCUGAUUCUAGUUUUUGUGUUAAAGAUUUAAUGUACAUUGUAAAGUAAAAAAAAAAAAAAAAAAAAAAAUCUUGGUUUAUUUUCCGAUUUUAUGCUUUAACUUUGAAGAGAGACUUAUAUUGAGUAAGUGAGUUGUUUUGUUGUUUUGAACCCAGACGUCAUAGCCUUGGUGACUCUUUACUUGGGCAAAAUACAGGUUUGAUAUAUACACUUACUGCAGUCCAGGCUACAAACUUGAAGGCUGAAGGUGCCAUUGGCAACACUUUUUUCAAACGAAAUUGGGUUGGAUUUUGUUAUUUUAAAGGGUUUGGUAUUAUGGAGCUUUUUUAAAGAAACAAGUGUUCAUUUGAGGUUUUGUAAUUGAGCUGUUGAUCCUUUGACAGAAACCCUGAUUUAAACCUUCACUGGUGAAUUUUGGGGGUUUUUU